UCGCCGUUUAGGUGUCCCGACGUAGGAAGGCCGUCACUGCGCGACGCGGACUUAACUCUCACGCCGCUCUCUUUCUCUUUCUCUCACGCGAUUGUGAUCGUGGAAAUUAUCUUGACUUGAAAAGUUUCAGGUCACCUGCAGAGGGAUAUUUAAAGGGACGACCAACUGAUUAUAAGGUCCUUCCUGGCUAAAUCAAACGGUGACAUGAUUCUGUAAUCCCCACCGUCAACUUAUCACACGUUUGUCUUUGGAAACUUUUGUGUCCUGCCACAACUGUUUCGUCCAAGUUGAGAACCUCCGCGGGUGGCGCUCCCCCGUUCUCGAAAAGCAUAAUUAGGAAGGACGUUUUGAGGGAAAUGGCUCUCCCUACACUGAGUGCUUACUCACUGAUAUUUGGCCUCCUUCUCUUUGAGAAAGGCCUUUGCAAAACAGGUCUGGGCAGCAUCCGGAACUCGCAUACUGGAAACAACGCUGUGACGUCAUCAGAAUCCAACCCAAUGUUUGCCCAAACGGAUGGCAAUGUGAGCGUGGCCAUCGGCAGAAGUGCCAUCUUGAACUGUACCGUCGUAGACUCCAAAGACCUCAAGAUCGCCUGGCUGAAGAGCGACCGAGGCGUGCUGAUGACUGUGGGAGAGGAGGUCAUUACAGGUAACCCUCGAGUUGGGCUCAUCCACACGGACAUCCAAGGGGGAAUUAACUCCUGGCUCCUCACCAUCAAGGACGUGACCCACAGUGACGCUGGCACCUACAUGUGCCAAGUCAACACGAAGGUCGGACUGAGGAAGUUCUAUCAGCUCAGCGUUGUAGUUCCACCGACCAUUGACGACAACAAGAGCAGCGCUGACGUAGAAGUGGACGAGGGCCAGAGAGCCGAAUUAUUCUGCGGAGCCCGAGGCACCCCGACGCCAAACAUCACCUGGAAGAGAGAGGAUUCGAAACUCAUCAGAUUGCCUGGAGGCAGGACAGAUACUGUCGUUACGGGAAACACCCUGAUCAUUGAUGCCACCAGACGAGAGGAUGCUGGAGCCUAUCUAUGCAUAGCUAACAACGGUGUGCCACCUUCAGUUAGCAAAAGGGUACAACUGAAUGUGAGAUUCCAACCCGUCAUCCGAUCCUCCGAGUCUCGCGUGUGGACGCCUCUGGGGUCAUCCAUCACCCUCUCCUGUGUCGUGGACGGUUGGCCCAUACCCAGCUUGCAUUGGUACAGGGACUCGGGGCACGAGGUCACCACGCAGGAGCAUGUCUACCGCCUGCAGGAUGAAGUUAGAGAAGUGAUGAAAUUCUCCACCAGCACCACUUGGAUCAACGAAACUCAGAUCAUGUCGGUCAUCGUGAACGACGUUCAGGAGGCUGACCUCCUCGGGUACAUUUGCCGUGCCAACAACUCCAUGGGCUCUUCGGAGGCACGGAUCGUCGUUUACGAGAUUGAACCCACCACCACAACCACAACUACCACGACCACCACAACCACCACCACAACUACCACAACCUCCACCACCACCACCACGACUCCAUCCCCACCCGGCGACGACUCCCUGGUGUGGCGACCAGGAAUAGAAGGCAUGCAGGAUGGUACAGGCCAGGGGCGCCGGCAGACUCCCAGCCCAGUCUUGGCAUCUGUCAAACACAAGGGAAAGACAUCUCUAACUACAGACGAGGGUGACCUGGAUGGUCAGCAGGCGGACGACUUCCACUCAGAUGAGUCCCAGUGGCAGAAGCCCUACGAAAGGAAGACUUACACUUACAACAGAGCUGGUGCCAGCAAUGCGUCCACCCACAUGAUUCUACUUAUCCUUCCUGUGAUGGUGGUAUCGGUAUUAUCUCCCGUCCAUCUCCUUUCCUCCAGCUCUCACUGAACUACCCUAGUGCGAGAGGAUAGUUUCAAAAUAUAGUUUUUAAAAAAUGGUCAAGAAUCCAGGCUCAGAAGCCUCUGAGAGCGGCUGCUUUCCUUCGAGUGAUAUAACAUAAAUCAAAGUGUUUGUGCGUGUAGGCAUAGCGGUGAUAUGAUAGUCAUAAGGAACAACACGAACUUUGACGCGGUCAUGACCGAGUCGUGUUCAGUAGCGAUGGAAGCGUCACGGACUUCCGUUCUGUAAGAUGCUUCCUCGGUUACGAGACAGUUCAUUCUCUCAGAGUAGAGAUAAUCCAAACGAGGUGAACGAUUAAUGGAUAACUGUGAAAAUGAUCGUUUAAUGUAGAUUAUGAACUUGGUUUUCAUAUUGCUUUUAACUUUAUUAUUUGUUUAUUCAGAAAAGUCUUCAGGAUGUUAUUAAGCAUCAGAACAUGUCUAUAACGAGGAAACGUUGAAUUGCUGUACAUGUUCCAUUUCCUUGUGAAAAAAUUCAUUUAAUUUCGAGUGAAAGUCAGAUAUAUUCUCACAUGGACGGAAGGAAAAUGCAAACGAAUGUAGUGUAGUUGCAUAAGCUAAUUCGAUAAGUUUCACAAAAGCAAAAUUAUAGCAUAAAAGAAACCGAUACAUGUCUCUGGACUCGCUUUUACAGAAAAAAAAAAAUCUCGUUUAAAUCUCUCCAGCGCCGUAAAAGUUAAAAAUAAAAUCAAAGAAGAUAAAAGAUAAAAGGGCAUAUGAAGUUGAAAGAUAAGAUUCCGCCUUCUCGCGCGUCAUAUAUCCGAGGAAAAUACAGACAUUUUGAAAGAGCAUAAAUCGAAGAUGAGAACUCCUCUCUGCUGUCUCUCUCAUACAUCGUUAGGCAUUUUUCUUUUCCCGCGGAAGAAAAGAAGAAAUCUCCACUGCCAGUAAAGUCUUCUUCGAAUCCUGACGUCGAGGGAAUGAAGAAACUGUGUUUUGAAUUUCUCAGCACUUUCUCCCUUUCGUGUCAUGUAUUUUCUGUAUCCUCUACGCGGUCGUUAUCUCUACCAUUCUGCAUAAUUUCAUUUCUCCAGAGGAUUUUCUUAGAGGACUGGUUACAAAGAGAGGACAGAAAACCUAACGUCUGUAGUUAAUAAGAAAAAGUGAAGUGGAACACAGAAGAACCAGAAGUGUAAGAUGUAAAUGAAGUAGGAAAGUUGAGUUCACUGUGAAAUGCAAAGUGUAAAAUCUGCAGAAACUGGAGGCGCCGAAAUCAAGACCCCGAUGACAGUUGUCUUUGCUCAAUUUGUAUAUCUCUCCGAGGCUCAUCUUUACGCAGGGUGAAGAGAGAGACAGACAGACAGAGACCACCCAGGGACUCCUCCAUCCUUUGCCAACCCAGCGCAUAUCUAUAUAUCAAAGACCCCCUACCCCCUUUCAGCAGGGGCAUCUCAACCCACCGAAAUUCCUCCACCCCCUCCUCCCUCCGAGACUCAUUACUCCACCAACCUCCGCCCCUGGACAGACGUGUCACAGCUGACUUCGGUGGUGGUGGUGGUGACUUGAGAUGCAAUAAUUUAUCUUGCGCUGAGUUUGCUUUCGCAGUGCCGAGGCCCCAGAGUGGUUUUUCCUUUGUUUGGGGCGUGGAUACAUGUGAUAGAUGCGGUGGUCGCUCCUGGGGACACACACACACACACACACACACACACACACACACUCCGCUGUACAUAAACCGAGAAUUUAUGGCGACGAUAAGAAUGUGUGGGUUGCUUUAUAGGCAAGUGGAAAACUAGGAAAUAAAUGAUUCAUGUAUAAAUUUCUAUAUUAUACAGAAUUCUGUUGAUGUACUUGACGAGUAAAGACAUUAACUAUAUAGAUUUCAUUUUAUGAUUAGCUAGGCUUUAGAGGCAAAUAUUGUUUUCAUGUUAUUCUGUAAAUAAAUUUGUACAUAUAUACAAAGAUUACGAGGCAUUGUUUAUAAGAUUCCUUAGUAAUAAUGCUCUAAUUAAGGUCAAAAUUAGAUUGAAUGAAGAGUAAUGAGAUACGGGAAACUCUAAUUCCCCAUACACGUUACAAUUCUGUUACUGUUUACAGUGAUUUCUUUCGACUUUUGUAUAGGUUAUGCAGUGCAUUAAAACUUCAUUGCAAUUCAAGUCAAAAUACGUUUAUAAUUUUUAACAGUCUUGAAUUUAUGUGU